AGAAAAGUGUCCAAAACCAGAGCCGCACAUCUCCACUUCGCCAGUGCCACCCAUUCCCUCUCAUUCACCAUGGACCGCUCGACCCAGGAGUUGUUCCUCAACUUCAUGAUCGUUUUAAUCACGGUGCUGCUCAUGUGGCUGCUGGUGAAAACAUACCAGGACUGAGGCGUGGAGCAGGAGAGAUGUAGGAAUGAAGAGCAGCCAGCGAAUGAGACUUUGGUGCUGGCUGAUUGUUGUAUCAAUGCAGAGUUUACAUUUCUGUUUUUCUUGGUUUGAUCCAGAGCUGGAGCUUUCCUUAGACAUCAAACACUACCUAAAAGCCAAGACAGCUUGUCUUGGAGUUAUAUUUUUAUUAGGAGAAGGUUUUUGAAUGUGUGGCCAUGAGCCCAUGGGAAGGAAAAGUCUGGAGUGUAAAUAAAAUAAAAAAUAAAAGAGUUUUUGAGACUUUAUCUGUGUAAAAUGCAGGCAAAGCAACACUUGAAUGAUAGUGUCUUUUAUGUAGCUUUAGAUACAUGCAACUGUGGAUCCUUCUGUUUGUGUGAAUGUUACAAAAAUACUGCAUCUACUCAUAAACCAGGAUGCAGUUAAAUAUUUUAUUUUAUUUCACUUUUUUGUCCAUAAAAACUUCUAUUUGUGUGAUUUUCUGACUUACAGCAGAGUUUUACUAACCACCACAAGGCUCCAGUGGCGAUGUAACAGAAUGAGCUGACACGUCUAGUUUAAUCCGAUUAAAAGAUAAGAUGUAGAUGGUGCAUAUUGGGAGAACACGCUGAAGAUUGAUGUGAUUUUUCACAAUUUCAAACAAAAUAAUAUCCUUUUAUAUGUUAGCUGUAGGACAGCUGACAGUUUUACACAUCACAUUACAUCUAAGAGCACAUUUCCCACCUGAAUUAUAACAAGACAAAAAUAUUUUAGGGUUCCUCCAUAGGAGGGGACAUUUAGAUUGGCACAAAAGCACAACAUGAGACCAGGAGUUUCACAAAUACGCUUUGUUUUUUUCUUCCAAGUUAUACUUAUUUGAAAUUUAAAAUAAAGUGUAGAUAAGGAGCUAUUUGGAGGAUAGCUGAAAGCAGGCAUGUUGUUAGAGCUGUGAUUGUUAGCGUUAGCUCUCCACCGCGGCAAGUCAGUGAAGACUUGUGCCGCUUCAGCAUUCUGUUUUGUCUAUCCCUCCGUGUCACCCCACGGGUCUCUGUAUCUGUUGAAGCUGAUGAGCUGACAGUGGAACUCAGUGAGUGCUCUGGGCAUGGGCGACAUUUCCUCCCACUGACUCCUCCCACUGUAGUACACCUGCACAGGUAACAGGAAAACACAAAAGUGAAUCCCAAUCAAAGUUUAUGACCAGGUGAUGAAAAACAAUGUAUUAAAAACAUUUUUUAUUUAAA